AUGUUUGUGAUAAAAUCUCUUGGGAAAUUGAUCUGGGGGAAUCCUGACAUCCCUGAACUUAUUAAGAUAUCAGCGGGACAAUUAUAUCUUGUUAGACCAAAUAGUUUGAAGGGAACGAGAGAAUGCAUUUUCCAUGAUGCACAAGCUGUAGUACGUCGUACAGCUGUCGAAUGGCAAUAUCAAUUGGUUGUUACAAGAGUUUAUCAAGAAGGUGAAGAUGAAUUAAUCAAUGAUUCCUUGGACAUUGAAGAUGAUGAAAAGCCAUUUUUAAUCGAUGGAACAUUAAAUUUUCGUAAAGGACAUAUAGAUGGUUUAUCCACAUUUUCUUGGAGAGAUUUAUCAGGGGAUCCCGAUGAUGUGUUUGAAUUUGUGUGUGAUGUUAGCACAACUGCACAUACAGUCAACGCUUUUGAAAUAACCAUUUAUCAGUGCAUGUAUGAGAGAAAAUACAAGAAAUCUAAUGAGAAUGCAACUGAAGAAGAACUUCAAAUGUCAUUGUCAUCAGCAAAACAAUCUCUUAUAUUUGAUUUUCCAGGAGCACCACCAGAAGUAGAAAUUUAUAGUACUGCUAAUGGCGAAUUACAUUAUUAUGAUCCUGGAGCUGGUGUUUUCAUAUUGGGUAAACCUGGAAUUACAGCUACAAUACUUAGAGGAGAAAGAUUUGAAUACCCACCAAUGUCUCAUAUGGAAGGUCAUGUUUAUUCAUUAUUGAUGAAAUUUAAUGAACAAGAAAGUGAAGCCCGUUUCAAGAAAAAGCUUUCUACUGCCAUGUAUGAAACAUUAAAUGAAACAAGAGUCAAGGAAGAUGAUCAAGAUUAUAUAAUGAGUGCUUAUCAAGAAGACACUGAAAUGGUUGAUUCUGAAUCAAUAAAUGAAGAAUCGGGCAAUGGCAAGCAUUGCAAUGGCGAAUCACCAAAUACUCAACUUGCUGUUGGAUAUAAACAUGAUAGAUCAUUUGUUUUAAAAGGCAACAAUAUUGGAGUGUAUAAACAUACUGAUGAUGAUAAUUUGGAAUUUUCAACCAAUAUUGCAAAAAUUAAAAAACCAAGUGGGCUACAAUUUAAUCCAUCAAAAGCUAUGUUACAUGAAGAAGAUUCUUCAAUGAUCCUCAUGGAUCCAAAUGAUGAACAUAAUCUUUACAAAAUGGAUCUCGAGUAUGGAAAGGUGGUCGAGGAAUGGAAAGUGCAUGAAGAUGUCCCUUGUGAAAACAUUUUUCCAGACAAAAAAUAUGCUCAGAUGACUGGCGAGAAAACUUUUAUUGGCAUGUCACACAACUCUUUGUUUCGUGUUGAUCCACGUUUACCUAAUGAAAAAUUAGUUGAUUCACAACUGAAGUUAUACACUACAAAAAAUGCUUUCAGUUGUGGUACUACUGAUUCUAAAGGGCAUAUUGCUGUUGGGAGUAGUAAGGGUGAUGUGAAAUUGUUUGAUACAUUGGGUAAAAAUGCAAAAACCAAUUUACCAGCUUUGGGUAGUGCUAUUAAAGGAAUUGAUGUUAGUUCUGAUGGUAAAUGGGUUAUUGCUACCACUAGCAGAUAUCUUUUGUUAAUAGACACUGAAUUGCCAUCAGAUCCUAAUCAUAGAUUAGGAUUUGAAAAAAGUUUCCCAAAAGAUAAAAAGCCAACACCAAGAAUAUUACAAUUACGUCCUGAACAUGUUUCUCUCAUGGAACAUGAAGUGGAUUUCACUCCUGCUAGAUUUAACACAGGUGAAUCUGAUUUAGAAAAAGCUAUUGUUACGAGUACUGGACCAUUUGUUAUUACAUGGAAUUUCCGUCGAGUUAAACAAGGGAAAUUGGAUGAUUAUCAAAUUAAACGUUACACUGAUAAUGUAGUUGCUGAUAAUUUUAGAUAUGGACAGGAUCCACCACCAACAUUUGUUAAAUCAAUUAAAAAUGAGUGA